UUGGGACAUUAUCUACUUCGAGAGUAUAUAAGGAGGCAGGUCCGAAACUCAGGCCAGACCGAAACAGCCCUUUCCAGUCCCGCCAUAAAAAUGCUGAAGUUUGUGUGUCUCGCUCUCUGUGUCGUCUACGCUAGCGCCACCUUUAGAGGUGGAUAUGGCGGUGGAUACGGAGGUGGAUAUGGCGGUGGAUACGGUGGAUAUGGCGGUGGAUACGGAGGUGGAUACGGUGGCGGAAUAGGUGGUGGAUAUUUUGAUGACGGAUACGGUAUCGGAGGUGGAUACGGAGGCGGAUAUGGAGGUGGAUACGGAAAAGGAGGUGGAAUCAUCAUUGGAGGUGGAUACGGUGGAUACGGAGGCGGAUAUGGCGGUGGAUACGGAGGCGGAUACGGAAAAGGAGGUGGAAUCAUCAUCGGAGGUGGAUACGGAGGUGGAUACGGAGGAUACGGUGGUGGUCUCGGUGGUAUUGGUGGUGGAUUCGGACGCAGAUCCAAAGGAAAGGGAUACUACUAA